AGUCGUUGUUGGGAUAGAAUUCUGAUGGCAAGAAUACGUUGAGUACCUUAGUAGUUGGAAGGUUGAGUUCUUACAUAUUUCAGAGACUUGUAUUAAUUGUCUGGUCGCGUACAUACAAGCUUAGUCCUUUCCAUCUGUCAAGCCGGAUAUCAUGUCAGAGUCCAAGCUCAAAGUCCUGUUGUUCGAUAUAGGGGGUGUUUGUGUCGUUUCUCCUUUCCAAGCAAUCCUCGACUAUGAAUUAAGCCUGGGGAUCCCUCCAGGGUGGGUCAACUAUUCGAUAUCCAGGACUGCUCCCAAUGGCUUCUGGCAUCGUUUGGAAAAAGGAGAAAUCGAGAUGAAUGAAGAGUUCUUCAGGGGCUUCAGCCAAGACCUUCAUGAUACCGUCAGAUGGGAAACCUUCUAUGAGCGAGAGCAAAGCAAAAACCCCAGUCUCCCAAAGGAAACCCCUCCCGUUCCCUCAAUCGAUGCAGAAUGGCUUUUCAACGAGAUGAUGACCGUUUCUAACAGCCCUGACCCAUGGAUGUUCCCAGCAUUGAGAAAGUUGAAGGAGGAUAGGCGAUUCAUUCUCGCAGCGCUGAGCAAUACCGUCAUCUUUCCGCCAGGGCAUAAACUCCACCUGGACCAUUUCUUUGACGAGCCUGUGCGGCAGAUAUUUGAUGUCUUCAUUUCUUCCGCCCAUGUUGGAAUGCGAAAGCCAGAUCCGGCCAUUUAUAAGCUGGCGCUCGACCGAGUAAACGAAUUCGCGAAAGCCAAUGCUCUUUCAGCUCGGGGGAAAAGCUUGAACUGGGAGGCUGGUAUCAAGGCAGAGGAAGUAAUUUUUCUCGAUGACAUCGGGGAGAAUUUGAAGGAGGCACGCAGGCAAGGACUGCGAACAAUAAAGGUGAACCUUGGUCGUGCAUUCGAGGCCGUGGAUGAGCUGGAGAGAGUGACUGGGUUGAAGCUCGCUGGUGAUCAUCCAAGGAUAUCCAUCCGAGGGAAGGCUCAGAAAGUUAAGGCAAAAAUGUGAGAUAGAUUUGGGAAUAUUCAAAACACUCGCAUAUCAAACCUUCCUGGCGAUAUAGACGUAGAAAAUAUCAGAUACUUCGACCUUGCCAUC